AACAGGGAAUUACACUUUAGACAUGCUGGAUGAUGUGAGUCUAGGAAUGGCAAAGCUGAACAAGAGUUUCACUUCAGACAAAAAUGUCAAAAUUUAUAUUGAUGAGUGAUGGUUGUCAAUGUCUGGCGUCCCACUGACCAGAUUUCUAGCUUCCGUUGCACAUAGGCACGAUGAGACAUUCAGAGUGGGAGGACCUUCAUGUCAACAUGCUAACAUUAGCCAAUUAGUAUUUAAGCUUCAUUAGCUCACAUAAAGAGCAUCCUUCUUAAUUGGCUUAAUUUUAGUCAAACCAGUAGUAUAAAUAAGACUAAUAUUUGGAUCACAGAGUAGCAAAAGCUACCAGACACUGCUAGAAAAAUGGAUAAUCAGUACAGGAAAGAUGCUUUUUAAGAUGAAUGCAAGAAGCUAGGUAUGAGUAAGGGUUAAGAUAUCUGUUGUGUAAGACUGUGAAUCAUUUUAAUCAUGAGAGGAUAACAUCCAGUGACUCCUCCGUGGCCUUGAGACCUCUAAGCUAAGAUUAUCACUAUCCCUGUUGUCAGCACAUAUCAUAGGCCAGGGAGGUAUUGGGGGAGACCUAGCUUUUGCCUGUAAACAAUGGCUCAGUGGCCACUAAUGGGAAUGUUGCUCUAUUUGAAACAUGUAGUCAUUUCCAAAUUGCAACAGACUGUCCUUGCUAGAAGGUUUCCACCCUUCUCCCAAAUAUAAUUACCAUUUUGAGACAGGAGGUGUAUUUCAAUGCCCAUCAUUUGUGGGAACACAUUUAUUUAUAGUCUUGAGUGAGACUAGAGAGAGCAUGUAAACAGUAAUCAGGCUGGCAGUAAAUAACUCGUCACCUGAAGGUCAGGUCUGUUAAGGAUAACUGCACACUUGACCUGGAGAAUCCCCAGACUGGUCAGAAACUUACUAGUCUUGAAAUGAUCACAUGAAGGAGUAGAGAAGGGAUUUAGUUUUUGACCAGAGUAUCAAGCAUGUAUCAGAAACACUGCAUCCUACAUUUCCCAUAAUGCAACUAUUGAGCCUCUGUGACUAGAAAACUGAACUUUAUGUGUAAAAUUGGUGAAAAUUCCAUAAUUUAUCUUAUUGGGUAACUGGUUAAUUGUAUGGUAGCUUUUAUCAUGUUUAAACUCAGAUUAAGUUUGAUGAAAACACGCAUGACCUGAUGUCUGAUGGCCAAUUCUAGUCCUUUCCACUUCAGAAAUUGUACUCAUUUGAGGUCUUUUUCUGCUUUGUGUAAACUUAUCUUGACUCAUUUGAAAUGGUCCUUUCUUAAACAGACCCUACGCUUCAGUUUGUUUUACCCUGAUACACUCAAGGAAUAUAAAAGGAAAGUAUUUACAUUAAUAGCAAACAUCAGUUGAACCAAAGACCCAUCAGACCUAUUUUAGGGUGUCCAACAUACCUGUGCUUUUCCUCUUCCAGGUUCUAGAAGGAGCACAAGGAAAUCCUCUCAUGAGCUGUUGGUGAACUAAUUGAUUUUGACAAGUGGUCAUUUCUAAUCCUUUAUCAUGUGAUCCAUAGCAGCCUGUGUCCCAUGCUCACUUUCAGAAAGGAUUUGCCACAAUAGAGAGCCAAAUAGCAAUCCAGCUUGUAUGGACUUCCGUGCCAUACCGAUUAUUCGUUUUUUUGCUGAUUUGCACAAAGUUAGCUGCCAUCACUGACUCCGAAUGCUGACUUUUAACAGAUUUUGUAAUGUAAGGAACUAUUUCUGUGUUUAGAGACAAAUAUAAUACAUACAACAUAUUUCCACAAUGGGUCAGCGCCUGAGUGAAGAAAGUGACCAGGACAAGGAAAUCGAUGUGGCAGAGCUGCAGGAGUGGUACAAAAAGUUUGUUGUGGAAUGCCCAAGUGGGACUCUGUUCAUGCACGAGUUCAAGAGUUUUUUUGGUGUCACGGAUAACAAGGAGGCUGCAGACUACAUUGAAAACAUGUUUCGAGCUUUUGACAAGAAUGGCGACAACACCAUCGAUUUUCUGGAGUAUGUGGCAGCUUUGAACUUAGUCCUCAGGGGAAAACUGGAGCAUAAGCUGAAAUGGACAUUCAAAAUGUAUGAUAAAGAUGGAAGCGGAUGCAUCGAUAAAACUGAGCUUCUCGAAAUUGUGGAGUCUAUUUAUCGACUGAAGAAAGCCUGCCAUGGAGAGCUGGAUGAGGAAUGUAAUCUGCUGAGCCCAGACCAAGUGGUUGACCGGAUAUUUGAGCUGGUUGAUGAAAAUGGAGAUGGGGAGCUCUCGCUGGAUGAGUUCAUUGAUGGAGCACGGAGGGACAAGUGGGUGAUGAAGAUGCUGCAGAUGGACGUGAACCCAGGGGACUGGAUUAAUGAGCGAAGACGCAGUGCCGACUUCUAAGGCUAGACCAUGGACUGUCAGUCUGUCACAUACAUUUGUCAAGUGUGAACAUUCAUGUUGUCAUUUUGUAUCUAUUACAAUUUAUAUGUAUAUAAAAGAAAACAACCCUAAAGUCAUUCUGGCAUUGCAUUGUAUGAUGUUGUACAAAAUUUUGAUGUAUGUCCACAGAUGUCUAUAUUGCUUUCAAAGGGGCCAUGUGUUCAGAGAUUUUGGUUGAGAUUCCACAUGUAGUUAAGCUAUGGAGCAAAUGAGCAACAGUGUUUUAAUAUGCAUUGCUACUGAUGAUUAUGAAGGUUUGUUUAUCUGUAUUUUAUAGAUGCUGCAGUCAUAAGGCACUUACUACGGCAUUUUCUUUUCCUGUUUUGUGUCAUAAAAUGAGCAUGAAAGUUAUUCAAUAAACAAAAUU